UACCUCUAUACUCCAUGCUUGUGGCUCAUUCGUCCUUGACGCCGCCUUCAGCCUUAGUUGCAUACAUUUUAAGGUUACUUUUUGCGCUGAAAAAGUCAAAACUGAAGAUAUCUUGGGUCUUUAAAUUCUAUUUACAAAACAGGAUUAAAAGAGGUUCAAACGUAAAAAUGUCUGAAGAUACCAGUGAUGUUGUUUCGAAUAUAAUCAAAAGCUUAAAUAAAAGUGAAGACAUAAAUGCUCCAGCACAUGUUCAAGAUAAAGUGGCACGCAAAACAACAAAAGUUACUAACAACAAAAAAAAUGAUCUUUUGCGAGGUAAACCCAAAUCAGGCCGCUUUUGGAAAUCUAAGAAAGAAAGAUUUUCUACUAUGAUUAAAACAAAAGGAAUUAAACCAGAUUUUCAAAGGAAGACAGCUCUACGUUUGGAAUUGAAAAGAACAAAAGAGUUAUCAAAACAAAUCCAAGAGCAGAUAAAGGAAAAAGAACAAUUAAGAAAAGAAAGGCGACGAGAGAAUUUAAAACGUACUGAAGAAAAUAAGAAAAAGUCAGAAAUUGUACAAGUUAUUACAAACACUGCAAAACUGAAGAGAAUGAAGAAGAAACAAUUGAGAUUUAUUGAAAAAAGAGACACUAACAAGGAAAUAAAAUCUGUUAAGUAAAAUGCAUUUGUUUCUUUGAUGAGUGUCUAAUAAUGUAAGUUCAAUAAAUUAUCUUUGUAGGCAAAAAAUC